AUGCAUGGCAACAUCUCAUUGCCAGUUACGCUAGUGCCUCUCGAGUCUCGAGGAUGCAUCAUUUCCCUCAAGGCAAAGCUCACCACAAACCCCAGAGGUUCUCGGUCCAUUACGGCGUACCUCACUGACAUGCGAGCUAUCGCUGAUGACCUUGCUCUUGCUCAGUGUCCAGUCACUGAUGAAGAUUUGGUCGUGUAUGUGUUGACGCAGCUUGGAGAGGAGUACAACUCCAUUAUCUCUGCAGUCCGCGUUCGUGAAACGCCCAUCUCGUGGGGUGAGCUGGUGGAUAUUCUAACUGACCAUGAACGCCAGCUGAAGGUUGCUGAUGAUACACGCCAAUCACUGUUGGCAACAGCUAAUGCCACUCAGCGGACCUCGUCUUCUUGGAAUAACCAGCAAUCCAACUAUGGUCGGAAAUAUCACAACGAUACUGCUAAUUCCAGCACCAACCGUACGUCUUGGCAACAAUGGGGUACUCAUCGCCCUACGGUUAUAUGCAAAUUUUGUAACUUUGCAGGUCAUGAAACAAAGGCAUCUCCACCCUGGUUGUUUGACAGUGGAGCAUCGCAUCACGCCACCCCUAGUAUUAAGUCGUUGCAGACAUUCUCCGAGUAUAGUGGUCCUGAUGAAGUGCGCCUGGGUGACGGCAAUCCCCUACAAAUAUCUCAUAUUAGUAGGAUCUUCGAACGGGGAUUUCUCUACUAUGGGGAGUGA